AUGAUUCUAAAUGGAAUUGAUGAGUUAAAUUGUAAAAUAGAGUAUGAACUUGCUUAUCCACAUUAUCUAUGUGAUAAAGAUGAAUUUUAUUGUGUUUCAAAUAAGAAGAACGAUAAUUCAAUUGUAUGUUAUAAUUAUACAUUAGCCGGGGAUGGUCGUAAUGAUUGUUUAGGCAACAUCGAUGAACGUGUUAACGAUUAUUGUCGUCAAAACAAUCCAUUCCAAAAAGAGCAUUGA